GCUUGACGUUUUCGUUGUCAAGUUAGUUGGGUUGAAAAGCCAAUAGAAAAAUUCUACAAUUUAUCACUUAACCGGAAAAGAUUGGCAAAAUUUUUACAGAAAAUUAAAGUUUUUAGACAUAAAUAACGCAAAAGAAAAAACAAUGAGUGAAGACUAUUUAAGCCAACCGCUAUCAUUGGGAUCGUCAUCAGUAACAGAUGAGGCACGCACAAAUCGAUCGAGUGGAGUGUCAUCCGCCACAAGCACAUUUAGCACUCCGAUAUCUCCGUAUUUAAAUUAUGACCCGCGAUUCUUGCAACAAGCACAACCAGAAUUUAUUUUUCCGGAAGGUGCGAAUAAACAGCGUGGACGCUUCGAAUUGGCUUUUUCACAGAUUGGAAGUUCAGUUAUGAUUGGCGCCGGUAUUGGUGGCUUGGCAGGAUUUUAUAACGGUCUGCAAACAUCAUCUGCACUAAAACAGACGGGGAAUUUAAGGCGAACACAACUGCUCAAUCAUGUAAUGAAACAAGGCUCAGGCACCGCAAACACUCUGGGGACACUUGCCGUCAUGUAUUCAGCUUUUGGUGUACUUCUGCAAAAUGUGCGCGGAGAAGACGACGAUGUCAACACUUUAAUAGCAGGCACAGCCACGGGACUUUUAUAUAAAUCGACUGCUGGUCUGAGAAAAUGUGCAAUCGGCGGCGGAAUUGGCCUGGGCAUAUCAGCGCUGUAUUGCCUCUUCCAAAUUUCGAGGGCGAGCUCCGGCGGAUCUGGUUUGAAAUUCCUGUAAAUCUAGAAGUGCUACAAAAAAUUGUAUUGGAAUGUAGUAAACUAGUUACAAAAUUUUGUAUAAGCAAAUGGCAGUUAGGUGCUGGUAGUGACUUAGGUAACUCCAGAUGGUGGAGAUGAAUGGAGUUGCGUUAUUCCUCUACGUAACGCGCUCAAACGUACAUAGCAAAUCUAAGUUGUAAGUUCCCUUGUUUUGUAACUUUUUUUAUUAGUUAUUAGAAUGUGAUGAGUUAAGUUGAACAAACUAAUACCGAAGACAUUUUGCUUAAUAAGCAAAAAAUUAAAGAAACUAAAAAACGAACACAAGUAUGCAUACAUUAAAUUCUUUGUAUUAUCAAGGGGAUUGUGUUAUUGUGGAGUAUUUGUGUAAACUAAAGAAUAGUUGUACAACAAAUUGUAGAAAUAAAAUA